AUGAGGCCAUGCUGGAAAAAGGAAAGACCACCAGAAAUUGAAAGAAGAAUUAAAGUCAAUAAUGCUGAAUAUAACUUACAAUUUGAUUAUGCCACGAAUUAUAUCAGCACCUCCAAGUACAAUGUUCUCACAUUCCUGCCUAAAAACUUGUUUGAACAAUUGCAGCGAUUGGCCAAUGCAUACUUUAUUGUUUUACUUAUUUUACAGUUUAUACCCUAUAUCUCCUCCCUGACCCCUCUGACAACAUUCAUCCCUCUGGUGGCAGUGUUUGCAAUUACAGCAAUAAAGGACUUGGUUGAUGAUGUUCAACGUCAUCGGAGUGACAAUCAAGUGAAUAAUCGUAUUUCUUGUGUGUUACGAAAUGGCAAAAUGGUUGAGGAGAAGUGGCACAAAGUUGUUGUUGGGGACAUCAUUCGUAUGGAGAACAACCAGUUUGUUGCAGCUGAUCUCUACCUGCUCUCGACAAGUGAACCUAACAGUUUGUGUUACAUUGAAACUGCUGAAUUAGAUGGGGAGACCAAUUUAAAAGUAAGGCAAGCUGUUACUGAAACUGCUGAGAUGGGUGAUGACUUGGAGCAACUGUCCAAGUUUAAUGCUGAACUUGUCUGUGAACCUCCCAACAAUCGGUUGAAUAAAUUUGAGGGUACCAUGAAGUGGAAGGACCAAAAUUUUUCUCUUGACAAUAAUAAACUGCUGCUGAGAGGCUGUGUUUUACGCAAUACUAAAUGGUGCUAUGGACUUGUCAUCUUUGCUGGCCGUGACACUAAACUCAUGAUGAACAGUGGGCGGGCGGUUUUCAAGCGCACACAUAUUGACCGUCUCAUGAAUAUGCUCAUCUUAGGGAUUGUUGUGUUCCUUCUUUGCAUGUGUCUUAUUUGUACGGUUGCCUGUGGAGUUUGGGAAAAUGUGACUGGUUACCGAUUCCAGGGUUUCUUUCCUUGGGAAUAUUUCAUUCCUGGAAGUUUUGUUGGAAAUAGACAGGGGUCCAAGGCUGCUGGUGCAACUAUCAAAGCUCUGCUGGUAUUUCUCUCGUACAUCAUCAUUCUAAACACAGUGGUACCAAUUUCUUUGUAUGUCAGCUUUACUCUCUCUUUCUCUCUCCCUCUCUCUUUCUCUCACUUCUCUCUUCUGUUCUCUCACUUCUGUUCUCUCUCUUUCUCUCUCACUCUCUUCCGUUCUCUCUCUUUCUCUCUCACUCUCUUCCUUUCUCUCUCUCUCUCUCUCUCUCUUCUCUCUCUUCCGUUCUCUUCUCUCUCUCUCUUUUCUCUCUCUCUCUUUCUGUUCUCUCUCUCUUUCUCUCUUCUCUUCUUUCUCUCUUUUCUCUCUCUCUCUUCUGUUCUCUCUUUUUCCUUUCUCUCUCUCUCUUCUUCUCUUCUUUUUCUCUCUUUCUGUUCUCUCUCUCUCUUCUCUUCUCUCUUUCUCUUUCUCUCUCUCUCUUCUGUUCUCUCUUUCGCCUUUCUCUCUCUCUCUUCUGUUCUCUCUUUCGCCUUUCUCUCUCUCUCUUCUGUUCUCUCUUUCGCCUUUCUCUCUCUCUCUUCUGUUCUCUCUUUCGCCUUUCUCUCUCUCUUCUGUUCUCUCUUUCUCUCUCUUCUGUUCUCUCUUUCCUUUCUCUCUCUCUCUGUUCUUCUUUCUCUCUCUCUCUUUCUGUUCUCUCUCUCUUUCUCUCUUCUCUUCUCUCUCUUCUCUCUCUCUCUUCUCUCUUCUCUCUCUCUCUCUCUCUUCUGUUCUCUUUUCUUUCUCUCUCUCUUCUUCUGUUCUCUUCUCUCUUCUCUCUCUUUUUCUCUCUCUCUCUUCUGUUCUCUCUCCUCUAUUUCUCCUUUCUUUUCUCUUUCCUCAUCUCCCUUUUCUCUUUCCUCUUCUCUCUUCUCCCUUUUCUCUUUCCUCUUCUCAAUAUUCUCUCUUCUCUCUUUCCUCUCUCUCUCUCUCUGA